AUGGAGAAGUACAGCCGCUGGUCGGACCUGACGACGGGCAUCAACCCGUUCGUGCCUCAGCGCCGGCGCUUCACGUCCGGCUGGCCCGUGAGCAUCUUGCAGGUCGUCUCGGGGUCGCUCCUGGCGCUGGCGCGCUUCCCGCUCGUGCUCGUGGGCUCCGUGGCGCUCGUUCUGGUGAACGUGGUGGUGUCGAUCCUGGCCGUGAUCCCGUUCCUGGGGCGGCUGCUGAAGCGCGCGACCGAGUGGCUGCUGUGCUCCCUGUUGCUAUUGAUCUUCGGCGUCUUCUCCUCCAGCGGCUCGUCCCGCGUCGGCCCCGGUGACGUGGUGGUGUGCAACUACACGAGCUUCCUGGAGGUUCUGUACCUGGCCAAGCGCUUCUCGCCGGUGUUUGUGUUCGCCACAGAGGGGAAGAGCGAUGACGGGGGCCUCGUGCACGUCUGCGGACUCGUGGAGGCGCUCUACCGGUCGCUGGCGCUGCCCGUGAGCGCGGAGCGCGUCAAGCCCACGAGGAAGAUCGCGGACGUGGUGAAACGCGCCUCAGGGCCGGUCGUCGUGCUGCCUGAAGGUGCUCGCAGCAACGGCAAGGCAGUGCUGAGGUUCAUCCCCGUGCUGCAGAACCUGCCGACCAAGACGCGCGUGCACCUCGUGGCGUUCCGCUACGAGUUCAAGCGCUUCAGUCCGAGCCACACGGCGGGCGGGGCCUGGUCGCACCUCUUCUGGACGGCCUUCCACCUGUACCACACCAUGCGUGUGACGGUGCUGAACGCCAAGGACCUGAACCUGGACGACCUGACGCCGACCAAGCUGCCGAGCUCCAAGAGCAGCAAGAAGCAGGGAGACUCCAAGACGCUGUCCACGGACCAAGUCGAGAAACUGCGCUCACUGCUGGCGGCCAUGCUGCGCACCAAGGCGGUUGACUUGGGACCGGAGGACUUUGUCUCGUUCAACAACUACUGGAAUCACGUGAACGGCGGCGGACGCCAGCCGGCGUCGCAGUUCACGGACCGCAAGGCUCCGCACGAACAUGCUCAGUGGGCCAAGAGAUAG